GCCUUUGUGGUUCGCUUUGGUAAUGAGUCAUAAUUUUGGGGCGUGAGGUGGCGUUGCUUUGUACUGAAACACUACGGCAUGAGGACUAUGGAUUUAUUUGAGAAUUUAUUGUUUCGUUUUCUGUAGCAAUGCGGUGCUUUAUGUUGCAUGAGCUAUGCUUUCAACAUAACGUAAACCAGAGACUGUUCUACUGAUUUAGCGUCGGAUUAUUUACCUACUGCGCAUGUGCAUAUAGACGUUUCCGCGUUACACGGUUGUUAAUUGCGUCACGUUCGGCCCAGCUGUCAGUGGCAGCUGGUCGGUGUACGGACGACAAAAUAUAUUACUCGGCGUAACUAGUGUUGUUUGUCUGAUCGCUUUUACAAAGACUUUACAUCAUUCAAAUACAAGAAAAUAAAAUUUCUACACAGCAAACACGGUUUACCAGAUAGUUUAGCUAGCUGUUUUUGCAUUCCAAAUGUCCUAAUGCAGAUGUUGUAUUCCAAACCACUAGGUGGCAAUAUUUUCAUUAGAUAGCAAUAAAAAUAUGAUAGUUGAUUUACCAAUAUUGUAAUCCUUAAUACUUAAGCAGUCUACUUUCAAUAAUUGGCUAUUUGGAUUUUUUGGGGCACCUCUCCUUUCUUUCGUUGUUAAACAUCCAUAUAUACGCGAUGCAGUCUCUUGCAAAUGAAAUUAAAACAUUUUCUAAGACCGCCCUGAGAAAACAGUGCACUCAGGUGACAACCUUAGGCGGAAAGAGACUAAUCGAAACGCGGCAGGGUUCCAAUUUGUGUGUCGUUGAAGAUAGCGAGCAGCCAGAGGGAGCGUAUGGUUACGUUGAAGAUAAUAGUUUGGAUCUCCAAGUUGGAGUCAUCAAGCCUUACCUGCUCCUUGCUUCACAGGAUGUUGCACAUGAUUUAGACACUUUGAAAGAAUUGAAGGUUUCACACAUUUUGAAUGUCGGAUAUGGUGUUGAAAACAUUUUCCCUGAUCUGUUUGUAUAUAAAACAUUAAAUAUAUUGGACCUGCCAGAGACUGACAUCACUUCAUAUUUCCACGAGACCUCACAGUUUAUAGACCAAGUUAAAGCAGAGGAAGGAGUGGUGCUCAUCCACUGCAACGCAGGAGUGUCCCGCUCAGCUGCCAUAGUAAUCGGGUACCUGAUGUCCAGAGAGGGACUGGCGUUCGAUGCUGCUUUCGCCCUGGUGAAGGCAGCCAGGCCUGCCAUUCGUCCGAACCUGGGUUUCUAUGAGCAGCUGAAAGACUACAGGCCAUGAGGGGGUGUGGCUGCUGGCUGUGCCACUGGAAAUUGGAAAAAAAAUGUAAAAAGAAGACAUCAUGAGUGCUGCUUUUUUCUAUUGACACAUUUUUAGAUUUCAAUGAUGCACUGAAUUUAAAUUUAUGUCUCAAAACAUGUUUUCCUUUUAUUCAAUUUAUAGAUUGUAUUCAGUUUAUAUAAAAGACAGGUGAAUCAAAGAUGAUCUCCUUUAUUGCAGGUAUAGACUAGUUUAAAAUGCUCGUUCCCAGUUAAUAAACUGUUUUUUUUCUCUUCUUGUGAGGAGCUAUGACAGAAAAUUUGAUGAAUGAGGAGAAGCAAGAUGGAAAGUGAGGCAUUGGGGUUUCUGCUUCGAUUUCUCUACUACAGCUAGUAGAAUAUAUAAGCAGUCUUGCCAAACAGAAACUAUGAAGAUACUAUAGUGUAUAUGUGUACAUAUUGACUGAAUACAAACUUUUCUGCAGUCUUCAUUAGAAAUGGCAACAUUUCUUAAAGGCAUUGUCUUAAAGGCACACAGAAUUAGCUAAAUAUAAAACUGUUUUGUAUACUUUGUGCAACAGUUACGCUUUGAAUGGAGUUCUUCCAUGUUGGCACCUUUGCAUAAACCCACUGUUUGCGCUGCCCUUAUGGGUAUUGACAAAUUUAUUAAUGUUACAAAAUUCUUUCAAUAGAGAACUGGCAUUACCUUCACACUGCUUAUCGGAUUGUUGGUGGCCACUCUGAUCAACCUCCUUUAGCGGGAUGAGGUGAUCUAGGCAAGGUCUUGGUGGUGCUAUAUUUAUUAAUGAUGAAUUUGACAAUGUUCCAGUCACACCUUACAGUCAAACACAUGGAAGCUAAUUAACCUCUUCUGUCCCCUGUUAAGCGGUGGGUCAUACUUCUUAGGGGUUGUUGUUGAGAUUAAAAAAUAUUUUUUAAUUAAAA